UGGCUCCGCCCCGUGUGGGUCCCCAGGCGGAGGCGCGGGACCAGCGAGUCCGCAGGCGCCAGGAGAGCACCCCAGUCCUCUUGCGCCCCGGAGCGGCCGCGUCUGCGCGCGCUCGAGGUGGCUGCGGCGUGGGAUCCUCCUGCGAGACCCUCCUGCGACGGCGGCAGCCGCUGCCCCCAAGUGAGACACGGACCACACCCCGAGGCCGCCCCCAUCCCCGCCGGGAUCCCCGCGGCCUCUGACCCGCAGACUCCGCGCCGGGCCCGGCCCUGUCCUGAGGCCCUCUUUCCAGGGCCCCAAGCGCGCCACCCCCCCCCCAUUUAGACGCCUAGCUUCUCAAAGCAGGGGCCCCAGCCAUCCAGGGUCUGGGAGCCCCUGUGGGUACUGCGAGUGCCCCUGCGGGUCUCAGUGUAGGGUCCCCGGUUCCCAAAGAAGGGCCUGUGUCACUCACGUGCCACCCAUGCCCCGCCUCAGUUUACCCUGCAGUGACUGCCGCUGUGGGUCCCCCGGGGUGCGGUCUGGUGGUGUUGGGGAUCGGGGGGGGGUGGUGGUCGUGCCUCCGACGGGGAGGGAUGGGGAUGGGGUCGCAUCUUCCAAGGGUCCCGGGACCCCCGCGGGUGCCUUCCCGCUGCGAUCGCUCGCGCGCUUCCCAGAAAAGGGCUGCUGCGCCCCAGCCCCGCCGCGCGGCUCAGGGAAGGGUCGGCUUCUCUGGGCGGACACUUUCGGCGCCGCCAGACCCCACGAUCUACUCCGUGCGCGGCCCGGGCGAGGCGGGAGGCAGCUGGUUGCUCCCGAGCCCGCUGACAGCUUCUGGGGGUGCGAGGGGUUCGCGAUCACCCCGGAAGCCCUGGUGCCGCGCGAAGUGGGAGCAGGAAGGGGUCCAGGAGGCGACCUUCCCCGGCGUUCAGCUGGGCUGUGCUCGAGAGCACGCUGGUAGUCCCAGCGCUUAGGGAGGCUGAGGCCGGAGGAUCGAACGUUCGGGUCCUGCCUGGGCAACUUGGACUAUUUCAAAAGGAAAACAAGGGGGUGGGGGCGUAGCUCGGUGAGAGAGCGCCCCUGGGCCCGUCCUCAGUGAGGGGCCAGAAUGUUAGGGCCGGGCCCCUAUAAACUCUGGAGGGGCGGCUGGGCGCUGGAGCUCGCCCGUGAACCAGGCUGGCCCUUCCCGGGCACUCUGGCUUCUCCGCGCUCAGGCCCGCCCUGGCGCUUGGGAGCGGCGCGUCGAUCUCCCCCAGCCCCCCAAGCCUCUCCCUGAGCCUGCCGCCCUUCCCGGCCUGCCCAGGCCCCGGGCGGGUCGCGGGUGGUCGUGUUCCCACCAGAGGUGCUGUGGCCGCGAGGGUCCCCGUGUGGCCCAGCCGAGCUCCGAGGGAGCAGCAGCGCCCCGCGCCGCCACCAGGGGGCGCCUUCGCCCCGCGGACUCACAAGGCCUCGCCCCCUGCGACAAUUCCCGGGGAAAACUGACGGAGGCCUGAGUCGGGUCGCGAGGGCAGCUUGGGGGCGGGCUGGUAAUCGGGGUGCGGUGAACCUUGCCCGCCCCCUGAGCUCAGCCGAUCUCCCGGCCCCCGGGAGUGGAAACGGAGGUCGAAAGAUCCUCUCCAAUCUGGACCGACGUGCACGGAGUCACGUCUGCAAGUGGCAGCUGGUGGAUGAUUCAGGGGAGCGGGGGGUACUCGGCUAGGUGGCUUCAGCUUCCCCGCUGCUUUCCGGGGUGAGAGGAAACCCGGCCUGCGAAGGCGCGCAAGGCCGCCCAGGGGCGUUUGUUGUUUUGCUCCAGGAACUGCGUGCGAAGCCACACCCCCUCGCCGCCCUAUUGGUUGAGCUCGUUUCUGGGUGGGGCGGCUUGCGUCUCGCGCCCCGCCCUACUCUCUGCCGCAUAAAAGCAGCGCCAGGGCGCCGUUCAGAGCCUUUGGCUGGGUCAGUGAGUGCGCAUGCGGUUUUGUACGUGCGGCGACUUUGAGACCUGAGACUGCGGGUCCGCUGCUUGCACCUCCUCGCCGCGGGUUCGAGACCCGGGUCUGCGAGUAGAGAGCGUUCACUUCCCGUCCUGGCACGAUGCUAUUCGACAAGGUGAAGGCGUUCGCCGUGCAGCUAGACGGCGCGACGGCGGGCGCGGAGCCCGUGUUCAGCGGUGGCGAGCGUGUGUCGGGCCGGGUGCUGCUGGAGCUGUCGAGAGCGGCGCGCGUGGGCUCCCUGGAGCUGCGGGCGCGGGGCCGCGCGCACGUGCACUGGACCGAGUCGCGCGGCGCGGGCUCGAGCACCGCGUACACGCAGAGCUACAGCGAGAGCAUGGACCUCGUGAGCCACCGCGCCGCCCUGCUGGCUCCAGACUCCGGCGAGCCCAGGACCCUGCCUGCCGGGCGCCACGAGUUCGCGUUCGGCUUCCAGCUGCCCUUGGCCCUGGUGACGUCCUUCGAGGGCAAGCACGGCAGCGUCCGCUACUCCGUCAUGGCCACGCUGCACCGGCCCUGGGUGCCCGCGCGCCGCGCCCGGACUGGCUUCACUGUCAUCGAGACCCUGGACAUCAACACCCCCGCGCUGCUGGCACCCCAGGAGGGAUCCCAGGAAAAGGUCGCCCGCUCGUGGUUCCGUAACCCCGGCCUAGUGUCCCUUUCGGCCAAGAUCCAUCGCAAAGGCUACACGCCAGGAGAGGCGAUCCCCGUCUUCGCCGAGAUCGACAAUGGCUACACGCGCUCCGUGCGGCCCCGCGCCGCCCUGGUGCAAACCCAGACGUUUGUGGCGCGGGGUGCCCAGAAGCAGAAGUGCGCGCUGGUGGCCAGCCUGGCGGGAGAGCCUGUGGCCCCGGGGCGGCACGCGCAGUGGCAGGGCCGGCUGCUGCGCAUCCCCCCGGUGGGGCCGUCCAUCCUGCGCUGCCGUGUGCUGCACGUGUGCUACUCGCUCAAGGUUUGUGUGGACAUACCGGGCUCGUCCAAGCUGCUCCUGGAGCUCCCCCUGGUCAUCGGUACCGUCCCCCUGCAUGCUUUCGGCAGCCGCUCCUCCAGCGUGGACAGCCAAGCUGGCUUCCUGCUGGACUGGGGGCUGGGCACCCUGCCGCAGCGACCUGAAGCCCCUCCCGAGUACUCGGACGUGGUGACAGAGGAGGAUUCGGCAGCCACUGCACAGAGCCCCUUCGCCCUGCUGCAGGACCCCAUGAGCCUCGAAGGCCCCUACUUCCCUUACUUCCAAGAGUGCCGCUACCUCCCACCGCCCCUGUACUCUGAGGAAUCCUUCACUCAGGAGGAUCCGAACCCACCUUCAGAGGACAUGAGGUCUCGCUGCAUGACCUUCUGAGUGCGGAGCAGACGCCUCAGGGAUGAGGCUGCACAUAAACUUCCACCGCCAUGACCACGAAGAAUGGCAAAGUCAAAGACCAGCAAGCUUGACUGCACUGGAACCAGGGAAACUGAGUCUCAGUAAGGCAAAGCUGGUCCAACAUCACACAGGACUGAGGAAGAGCCAGGGAGGACCCUGGCUUAUGUGGAUGGGCAUCAGAUGCCCAGCAUGGCCUCUGGGAAAAUUUAGCCUGGCCUGUGGGCAGAGAGAGAGCCAGACAGAGACACUUCCAGUCUUGAGGGGCCAGAAGAAGGGACCAGAAGAGUCCUGGAGGAAAGCACAUUUAAGUUGAGGCUUUGAGGUAUGAAUAGGAGCUCCGCAUCAGGCAAGUAAGGAGGAGGACAAGUGAGAGAAGUUCUCAGCUGAGUGAUAUUUACAGGUCACCACUUUAUCUCAGAAUCGGGGCCCUAAAAGCAGGUGUCCCAGCCAAGGCUGCACUGUGAGCUUGGACAGGCAAGAGGACUGGGGACGGGGGUUCAGGGAGCCAGGUCACUGGAACGGUGCAGGGUGUGAGCAGCGGGCAGCGCUGCAGCCUCUGGAGACAGAGCCACAGCUUCCUGGCCAGGCAGGUGCAGCCCAGAGCCCUCCUGCUUGCUGGAGGACAAUGGAGAACUGAGGCCGAAGCAGGGAGCGCUGCAGCAGGCCUGGGGACAGGAGGCAGCUGGGGUGGCACGUGUGGGCAGCUCCAGAGUCCCCUGCCUUCCAGGGCUGGGCCCCUCAGGACCCAGCGUCCCAGCAAGCUUUGCAUCUGACCCUUUUGUACAAUUAUUAUUAUUAUUGUUAUUAUUGUUAAUUUGGUACCAGAGAUGGAACUCAGGACCUUGUGCUUGUGAGGCAGGUGCAGUGCCACUGAGCUACGUCCCCAGCCCUUGUACAAUUAUUUGUCAAAAAAUAAAAGUGUGGAUACCCAG